AGUACGAAUUAAAAGCGUCUCGAGUACGAAUACGGAUAGGCAAUAAAUAGUAAUAAGUGAACGAAAGAGUAAAGUCGUGAAUCAAAAUAACUACACAUUCGUAUCUUAGUGAUAUAGACGAAGUUGGAGGGAGAAGUAGAGCCAGCGGAAGCGAAAGCCGCGCUUGCAGCGACAAAGGAUCCUGUUGUAGAGGCAAAUUUAUAAAACACAAAAAAGUGCUGGUCGGCGAAAGGAUAAAAUCCAGGGGGCUUAAAAUGGAAAUUUUGUCAAUUAGAGUGUCGUACGUCGCUUUGGCUGUGCUGAUUGCUUGUGCAGUGUUGGCGCAAGCACGACCACAGGCGCCGGAACAGCCAGAGCCGUAUGAAUACCAAUAUGAGGUCAAGGAUCCAGAAAAGGAAUUGUUCUUUAACAAAAACGAGGCGGGCGACGCUGCAGGAAAAGUUUCCGGUCAAUAUUCCGUGUGGCUACCGGAUGGGCGUUUAAUGACCGUUGCCUACACAGUAGAGGGUGAGAAUGGUUUUGUGCCAAAAGUGUCAUUUGACACAACAAAUCCGCUGGGCUAAAAGACACGUAAAACAAAUAGCAAAGAAAAAACGCUCCUUACGGGGCACCAAUCAAAUGGAUAAUAAUGAAAACAAGAAUGGUGUUGAAACUUGCAGAUCAACGAAACUAAUUUGUGGUUUUGAAUGAUAAAAAACACGUAAAUUGUAUUUAGUUAAUAUUUAGCUAAGCAAGUAUGCAAAUGUUUUAGUAAAAUUUGCAUUAUUGAGAAAGCAACAACACACACAAUUAGUAUAUACAUACAUACAUACGCGGACACACAUAGGUACGCACACACACAAAUGCAUGGCUAAACAAACGUAUGGAGGACUUGAGAUCGUGCAUAAUACUUAAACGAAAGGCUUGUGCAGCAACAGCAAUAAUAACAAAACAACGUCAACAACAUCUUCUUCGCCAGUUAUAAAUAUGGAAUUAACUUAUUUUAAAAAGAAAAGUGUAAAUAAAAUUUCUGCAUACAUACAUAUUUACAUUGUAUAUAUGCAUGUAUGUAUGUACCUAUACUCUUUAACCCUUAAACUUCUUUGCUCUAUGUAGGUAAAUAAAGCCUUAAAUCUCUUCAUUUAUGUCAACAUAUGUACUAUAUUAUUAUAUGAUUAUUUUGUUACUUUACGUUAUAUUUUGUAAUAAUUGUACAUCAUCUUCUUCGCUUUAUGCGCUGAAAGCGUUCACUAUGUACCUUUUGAUAAUACGUACAAUUAAAAAAAGAACAAAUACUCAAUUUGUUUUAGUUACAUAUGUAUAUGUGUAUAAAAACAAAUGGAAAGUGGCUCAAUUAUAAAAUAAUAAAGGAU